AUGAAGAAUAUAAGUUAAACAGUCGACGUAAGAAACCAUUCAAAAAAGGAGGAUAAAGAAAAUUUAAUUUUCUAUUCAUCCAUUAAGGACAGACUACCCAAGCCCAAUCCUAUAUUGAUUUAGUAACUUCAUUUAAACAAAGUAAAUUCAAUACUGCCAUUAAAAAAAAAGUAUUACUAUUUUUGAGCUAUUGUAGCUAUUUAGAAGCAAAUGAGCAAGAAGCAACCUACAAAACAGCCAUAUAAUAACAAGAACAAGAAUGUUUAACCUAAAAGCCCAUAGCUCUCCAAGCCUUCCUGAAACCUCUCAAACUCAUAUACCAGAAAUAUUAACCACAACAGAACCAGAGCCUGUAUGCAACUCUACUUCAUUAACAUGGGAACACUUUUGAUACCUCCCACUACUAUCAAUGUGAGGAUGAGAAUAUUAAAUUUGAUUCCCUAUUUGAAAGUGGCAACCUAUUCCAAGUGUUCAAAGUAUUACUAUGUUACCUAACUAGAAAAGCGAUCACGAUUACAUCCUGCUCCUUUAAAAUGACAUCAAUACCAAAGGAUAUACACAAUGGUUUUAUUUCUCAAUCUAAAACAAGAAUUCGCUCCUGUGCAAUAUCAGACUGAGCAUCAUCAAUAUCAAUAAGAACAUGUGCUUUUAUCGUCAGGGCAUGAAAAUCUUGAUAAAUGAAUGCAAUUCUUGGAGAAAAGACUCUUUGGGUUUAUCUUUUAAGAAAAAUCACAUUCAAAGGAACGAUUCCUCAUUCUACUACUCUCUCUCCUUCAACUACACCUUCAUCGAGUAAGGAACUGUUUAUUUCGCCUCCAAUUACCCCUACACUUAUUCGAACCUAUAGUCCUUCAUAUCCAGUAAAUACUUAAUCUACGACAGGAUAAUGAAAGUGAAAAACAUAAUCACAAGUUAAGCUGGGAAUGACAUCUAAAUAGUUACAAUAACUAAUGAUAACCAAGAUCCGAAAUAAGGAUUAUUCUUCAUAGGUAGAUAACACCCUGGAGAGACAACCAGUUCCUUUGUUAUCGAAGGUAUAAUCAAUGCAUUGUUGUCUGCUGAGGCUGAUGAAUUGAGGAAUAAGUUUGUUAUUAAAAUCAUCCCCAUGUUGAAUGUUGAUGGAGUAGUCCAUGGAAAUCAACGAUGCGGUCUGGGUGGAUUUGAUCUGAACAGGAAAUGGGGAUGCAAUAGGGAUGACACACUAAAUUCGGUUGAAAAGCUCAUAACUAAUUUUAACCAGAGUUAUCCCAUCCAAUUGAUUCUCGACAUUCAUGGACACAGUAAGAAGUAAGCAAAUAUAAUAAAUUAGAUUAUCAGCUUUCUUUUAUGGACACAGUUGUAAUGAAUUCAUCACUGAACUUUGUAAUUCAGACAAAAGAUUCAGUCUGGAGAAUAGUCGAUUCAUGAAGAACACUAAAUACUUGAAUCACACAGCCAGAGUCUAUCUAUAAAAACUAUUGAACAUGUAGUAGAAUAUCUAUACACUCGAGAUAUCGUAUUUCGGCUACAAGGAUUAGAAUUAAAUUGUGGAUUUCACUCUAAAUGAUCUCAGAUCUAUGGGGAGAGAGAUAGUCAUCACUCUAUCAAAAAAUCACGAGGAAUAAAAGUGCACUCAGAGCAGCAUAGUAAAUGAAUAGAAUUCUGACGUCAGUUUCUCAGAUUCCUCGAUAUCAGAAGAUGAAAUUGGCUAGGAUGAAAUUAAGUAGGUUUAAGAACCACUCAAGGAAAAGGCUAUUAAUUUAGAGAGGCCAUAUCCCAGAUCAAAUUCAUUUAAAUAAAGAUAACUCAAGUCAUCCUAAUCCAGAAACAGAGCAAAAUCUCAAUCCAUUUAAAACUAAAUCAAAUACCAGUAGUUUACAUACAAUUUUAUUGAUAAUUCCUUUAACAACUUUAAUGCUAAGAAUGACAAUAGUGAUCACUCAAAUUUGUUCAUUCCUUAACAAAAACCGAAGCAAUCUGAAUAUACAGUCUAACCACUGGUUGUAAUGCCUCAACAUAGUUUAAAGCACUAAUUCUUAUGGCAGAAUAGAAUUAAGUAAUAAAACUAAAAAGACUUGAAAUUUUAAAAUCCAAGAGAACAAAGAGACUUGAAAAUAUACCAAGAAUUCAAAGAUUAUGUUAAUAGCAAAUAAUACCCAAACAAACCCUUACUCCCUAAAUAUACAUUCAAUGAUACAGAUUUAUUCAAAAAGUGUCAAGCGAAAAAAUAAUAUUUAAUUAUUAAUUUAUGAUAUAG